AUGGAUGCUAAACGAAUGUCUUUCCCCAGCGCCAGCCGCAAAAACCCCAAGAUCCUUCAGGAUCUGCACAACUCGCGCUUCUUCCACUCUUUUGCUUCCUCCAGCACGCCUCGCCCAUCGAGCAUCAUGGAUAGCGUCCGGAAGCUCGAAACCCUCUCCCCCUCUUCCCGCAAACCUCUUCACGUCGGCAUUAUAGGCGCAGGUUUCGCCGGUUUACGCUGCGCCGAUAUCCUCCUUCGCCACGGCUCCCGCGUCACCCUCCUUGAAGCGCGCAACCGUCUCGGAGGCCGCAUCCAUCAAGAACGUCUGCCCAACGGCCACCUAAUCGACGUGGGCGCGAACUGGAUCCACGGGACGAAAGAUAAUCCGAUUUAUGACCUGGUCGUCGAGACAAAGACGCCGACGGGCCAGUUGGAUGAGCAUACCUAUGUGUUUGAUGAGAAUGGGGAGCUGUUGGAGGUGGAGGAGAGCGAGGAGCUGGCGACGGUCAUGUGGGAGGUUAUUGAGGCGGGGUUUCGGUUUUCGGAGGAGAGGACCGGGGAGAUUGGGGAGGGGAGUACGUUAAAGGAGUGGUUUGAGAAGGAAAUUAGGGAGAGGGUACCCGAGGGGACGAUGGGGUGGGAGAGGAGGAGACGGUUGCUCAUGCAGAUGGCGGAGUUGUGGGGGAAUUUUGUGGGGAGUCCGUUGGACAGGCAAAGUCUCAAGUUUUUUUGGUUGGAGGAGUGUAUCGAGGGCGAAAACCUCUUCUGCGCGGGUACGUACCACAAGGUCCUUGAGAAGGUGGCCCAGCCGGCGAGAGACGGCGCGACGAUACGUUUACAGACAAGGGUUGUUGAGAUUCUGGGGAGAUCGGCGACCCAUACGGGGAACGUUGCCGUCAAAACGGCUGCUGGGCAGGUCCUCGAGUUCGAUCAUGUUGUCGUUACCUGCCCGCUGGGCUGGCUUAAGCGGAAUCUGCAUGCUUUCCACCCCCCGCUGCCAGACAGGCUGUGUAAGGCUAUCGGUAAUAUAGGGUAUGGCAACUUGGAAAAGGUCUACCUCUCCUUCCCAACCCCCUUCUGGCUCACCCCGGACCCCCAAACCUCCCAAACCGUCCAAGGCUUCUGCCAAUGGCUCGCUCCAACCUACGCCCCCCAGACCAAUCCCAACCGCUGGCUCAUCGAAACCGUCGAGCUCGCCUCCCUCCCUGGCCCCUCCGCCCACUCAACCCUCCUCUUCUACACCUUCGGUGACCAGGCCGCGCACAUCACUUCCACUUUGCGUUCCCUCCCCGACCAAAAAUCUCGCGAGCAGUUUGUCUUUGAAUACUUCCGGCCCUAUUACUCGCUCCUCCCGUCGUACGAUCCCCAAGACAAGAAUUGUCAACCGACGGCUUUCUUUGCGACAGAUUGGGAAGGGGAUGAGUUAGCGGGGAACGGGAGUUAUGCGAACUUUAUGGCGGGACUGACGGAGGCGGAUCGGGAUAUUGAGGUUAUGAGGGAGGGCGUGCCGAGCGAGGGAGUGUGGAUUGCGGGGGAGCAUGCUGCGCCAUUUGUGGCCUUGGGGACCGUCACGGGUGCGUAUUGGAGUGGUGAGGGGGUCGGGAGGAGGAUUUUAGAUUUUAGUAGGGAAGGGGCCUAG